ACUGAAUAUUGGCCACACGAAGGUGUGUAGUAUACUGUAGUAGUUAUUAAUACACGAGUGAACUCAAGUCAAUAAAAAUGACCAAAAAGCUAGAAGACGAAAAGCUAUGCAGAUUCUUGUCAACUAUGGCUUUUCUUGCUCUUUUCACAAAUCCCCUUCCAAUCCUCGCCCUGCCCCUGCGGCUUUGAGAUUAAGGAGGCCACCAUUAGUAUGCAGAGCAAGCAGGCAGCAAACCAGAACAGUUCUGCCAUCACUCUCACUGUCUCUCUUCACCUCAGGCUUCUUCUUGGGUCCUCUUCUUGAUGGUAUACAUUCCAGAGUUAACCUCGUCGUCUACCAAAACGGGGCGAUUGAUGUCGGCCCUCUUCACACCAACAUAUGGGUUCCUCCUUUGCUAGGCCUGUUUUACUGCAUUGUAGGACUGCUGAAUCUUUUCCUAGACCACGCAAAUUUCUCUUCCAAGGAAUCAGAACCAGAGGGUAAUUUACAGAAAACAGCAGCUUCGUUAGUGGCACUGAUCUUGUUCCUUGAAGUGAGCGCUGAGAUGUACAAAGCAGGAGUACCGGACAACGUUGAAGCCUAUGUAUUGUUUGCUGCAGCAGAACUGGUAUGGUUAUUGUUCGAUAGAACUAGGUUGGGGUUUGCACUUGCGUGCCUUGUAGGUCUUGGAUGCCCACUUGCAGAGAUUCCUGUAAUGGAAUGGUUUGAUCUAUGGUAUUAUCCGAAAGCAAAUGUGGAGAUUUUUGGCCAGGGGCUAGUCACUUGGACAAUCACUUGCUAUUUCGUAUACACGCCUUUCUUGAUCAACCUGUCGCGUUGGCUCAAGUCAAUCACUGCUGCUGCAAUUGUCGAGCAGAAAUCUUCUUGAAUCAAUGUUCCUCUGAUUAUGUUGUCAAGGAGAACUGAAACAAGAAUCCAACCAGAAAAGUGGCAUGUAGGCAUUGCAAGGCUCAUUCUGUUUCAUAAUAUGCUGCUCAUGAAAAGUGUGACAAGAAAAUGUAAUGGAGAAAGAGUUCUUUAUAAGAAAA